AUGGCAACUCGAACAUCAACUCGAUCAACAAAAGCCGUGAAAUUUGUCGAUUCAGUUGAAUCAGAUGAUGAUGAAGUGUUAGAUAAAUCUUCUUCACUACCGAUAACUACUGAAGGUAAAAAACCUCGAGGUCGACCACCAAAAUCUCGUCGAAGUCAAACCAAUGAUGAUGAUGAAUGGGAUGCAAGAAACGAACAAAUUGAUGACGAUGACGAUGAUAAUGAUGAUGGUAAUACAAGUGAUCAUGGACGAGAUGUUACAAAAAAAAUUCUUGCCAACAGAACAAUCGAUUCCGUUUAUGAUUUUGGUGAAACACCAAGAAAAUGGUCAAAAGCAACACCACAAAGAAAUAGUACUAUAUCAAAAACAAGUGUUAGUGAUAGUGGAAAAUCUAUGGAAAAAUUAAUGUGUUCGUAUUGUAAUUAUACAACAACAAAGAAAUAUCUUCUUCAAAGGCAUUUAAAAUCUCAUUCAACUGAACGACCACAUAAAUGUGCAUAUUGUGAUCGAUCAUUUAAAACAACUAUUCAAUUAACUAAUCAUGUUAAUACUCAUCUUGGUGUUAAGCCAUUUCAAUGCAAAUUUUGUUCAUUUUCAUUUACAACAAGUGGAGAAUUAAUUCGACAUGUUCGAUAUAAACAUACACUUGAGAAACCUCAUCGAUGUGAGGAAUGCGGUUAUGCAACAGUUGAAUUAAGUAAAUUGCGGCGACAUAUUCGUACACAUACUGGAGAAAAACCUUAUGCUUGUCCGCAUUGCUCGUAUUGUAGUCCGGAUACAUUUAAACUUAAACGACAUCUACGUGUACAUACAGGUGAAAGACCUUAUCAAUGUACGAUUUGUAAUUUUCGAUUUACUCAAAGCAAUAGUUUAAAAGCUCAUAUGUUAACACAUCAAGCUGAAAAACCAUCAUUUCCUUGUUCGUAUUGUCCAUCGGUUAUGGCUCGAAAAUCUGAUCUUCGUUAUCAUGUUAGUAAACAACAUUCCCGUCAAUCAGAACCAUUAGCAUGUAAUAAAUGUGAUGAAGAUUUUCCUGAUAAAUAUACAUUACGUAUGCAUGGAAAAACCCAUAAAGGUCAAACAAUUCAUUCAUGUACACAUUGUGAAUUUUCUGCUAAUACAAGUCAACAAUUAGAUGAUCAUAUGAAUAAACAUCGUGGUACACGUCCAUUUCAAUGUAGUGAAUGUGGUUUAAUGUUUGCUGCUCGUGCUGAUUUACGUGCACAUGUUACACGUACACAUAGAAAUGCUUCGACAACAAUAAUAACAAAUUCACCAGCAAUUAAUAAUCGUCGUCCACAACGACGUGUAGCAUCAUUACAACAUCGUUAUAUAGAUGUUUCAUCAGGUAUUGAAGAUGAUGAACAACAACAACAUCAACAACAACAACAUGAUGAUGAUUAUCGUUGUUCAAUAUGUCAACGACAAUUUACAUCAGCACGUUUAUUAGAUCGACAUACAUAUGUUGUACAUGAACAAAAACAUGAUUUAUAUGAUGAAAGAGAUUAUCAAACAAAUGAAAUAAAUGAUGAUGAUAUUCAUGAUUAUGCUGAUGAUGAACUUGAAGAAAAAAAUGAAAAUAAAAUAAUUAAUAAACAUGAAAAUAUAAUUGAAAGAAUGGAUGAAGAUUAUGAUGAUGAAGAAGAUUUAGCACCAAAUGUUGAAGAUAUAAUUGAAGGUGAUGAAGAUAUUGAACAAAUACCGACAAUUAAAUCAGUAUCAUCAGCUAAUAAAAAACAAAUUGGAUAUAUAAGAAAAUUUGAUGAACAAGAAGAUUUGUCUGAUAAAAGAAAAUUGAAUAUUGAUAGAUCUUCAUUCAAAUCCAAUGAUGAUGAAAAACCGGAUUUUGAUGUAUUUGGUUUUGAUGGAUAA